CAGGCCGUGGGGGAGUGGGGUGGGGUGCGAGGAGGGCAGCUGCGCGCGCGCAGAACGCCUGGCGGGCGCGAGGCGGAGUGAGUUCGCGGGCCGCGCUUCGUGCGCCGUCGACGCCAGCCCCUUUCGGGGCGCACUCUAGUGGCAGCUUCGGCCGAGGCCACUUUUGUGAGGCGCGAAGAGCCCUGUGUAAGAGCCCGGCCGGCCCCCGCGAAGUUCUUGGGCCUGAGGCUAUCAUUUGGAAGCAAUGAGUUUAAAACCCUUCACCUACCCGUUUCCAGAAACGAGGUUUCUUCAUGCAGGACCCAAUGUGUAUAAAUUCAAAAUUAGAUAUGGCAACAGCAUCAGAGGGGAAGAGAUAGAGAAUAAGGAAGUCAUCGUCCAGGAGCUGGAGGAUUCUAUUCGUGUAGUCUUGGGAAACUUGGACAAUCUGCAGCCAUUUGCUACAGACCACUUCAUUAUAUUUCCCUAUAAAAGCAAAUGGGAGAGAGUGUCCCACCUGAAAUUCAAACAUGGGGAAAUUGUCUUGGUCCCUUAUCCAUUUGUUUUCACUCUAUAUGUGGAGAUGAAAUGGUUUCAUGAAACCCCGUCACCUGGGGAGUCAAUAAACGACAGUCCUCUUGGAUUGGUCCUAGCAGAGAGGAAAACAGCAGGAGCCAUGAUGAGGAAACGAAAACGAGCGGAAGUGCCCAGCUCCCCCAGCAGGCCAGCGCUGGACAGGGCCAAGAUGGGGAUUUCCAGCCAAGGCCCCAGCAAAAAGAAGCCCCUUAUGGAAACCAGGAGGAACAGAGAAAGAAAAACCCACCAGGAAUGGCAGGAGACCCCAACAUUUAAUAUCACUGAUACCCAGGAACAGGAUUCUAAGUGGGAGGACAGCCUAGCAGGGCAGAUUAUCCCCCCACUGCAGCAAAACAACCCAUCUCCACCUAAAGGACCCCCAGAGCUGGGAACCAGUGGCUUCUUUGGGUUUCUAAGCUCUCUCUUCCCCUUUCGCUAUUUCUUCAGAAAGAGCAGCCAGUGAGCUUCCAGAUGCAGCAGUGGGAAGAGUGUCUUCUCGCAGUGACUCUUCGCAUUCCGUCCUCUGUGUAUGACAUUUCAGUCAUGGGGAAUGCGGGCCCUAAACUCCCUGAGUCCUCUUGUGGGUUUGUCCUAUCCUUUGCCCCUUUACAAUGGAUUUUUUUUUUUUUUUUUUCAAUUUAAAACACUAAGAAAAGAACUUCCUAAAAUGUUCUAGUCUAAGAACUGUGCUGCUCUGAGGGCCAGUUUAGGUCUUUCAUCUCCAGCACUUAGGAUCCUAAUGAAAAUAAAUUAUUUAUGAAGAGUUA